GUUGGAAAUUUCUGUAAAAUUAAGAGUUUUAAAAUAUAAAUAAUCACUAAUAAGCAAAUCGAUUUAUAAUUAUUAUCUAAGAAAACCAGUUACUAUAGUUGCCAAUGAACCCCAAAGCUUUCUACCUUUACUUUGACCCAAGAGAACAGGUUUCUGCUUAGAACUUCUUCAGUAUUACGUAAAGGCCAGCUUUUUAUUGUAAUAUUGAAUAGAAGAGUCAGUUGGAAAUUUGCCGCUAUCGCGAUUGGAGAUCCAUUAAAAAUGUUGUUCGCCGGUUUGUGGCUUUUUCUACCUCUGGCCCUGGUGCUCUUCUUUUUUGGAGGCAUAAAUGCCGAGUUUUAUUCUUCCAUACAUGAGAUGACAAGGGUCUAUAAAUAUGAGGAGAAAAUGCUGCUGCACAUGCAAAAAUUCAUAGCCGACAAUGAGAGUAAAUUGGAUUUUCUGAAAGCGCGGCUGAGCGAAUUCGAGAGUGAACGUAACGAGGCACAGCAAUGGGGCGUGACUUACUUCGAUAGUCCGUUGAAUAAAUAUUUGCUAACCAAACGCUUGACAUUGGAUUGGGAGCGAGUGGAAAAUCUGGUGGCCACCGCAACGGGGGAAAAACCACUGAACCGCCUGCGGAAACUGCGAGGUCGAAACUAUAUGCCAGAUGAAAAGGAACUGGAAGGGGCCCUAGAUGGUCUGCUGAGAUUGCAGUACGUGUACAGAUUGGAGGCAAGACAUAUAGCAGCCGGUGUGCUCGAUGGAGUCGACUAUGGGGUGCAAUUAAAUUCACAGCAUUGCUUUGAUAUAGCUCGCUUAGCUUUAAGGGAUAAUCACCCACGUUUGGCACAUUCUUGGCUCUUGGAGGCACAGAAACGGCUUGGUGAUCAGAAUCAGGAACUCAAGGCUGAAAUAUUGGCUCUAUUAGUUAAGGCCAAAGUGGAGUUAAAUGAUUACAGAGGUGUUAAUAGCACUUACCAGAAACUCUUAAGCAUUCAACCAGUCAGUGUGGAAUAUAAACAGAAUUAUAACAAUUUUAUUUCCAAGCAUUUAGAUGAGAAACAAUCUCCAGCAACACUGGAAGAACAUGCGCCCAUUCCUAGUGAUCCGUCGGUGAUGAGUGAUUUCGAUAUAUAUCGUUUCACCUGCAGUGGCCACAUCAAGAAAACAGCUAGGGAAGAGCGGCAUCUGCGUUGCGGUUACUUGACAGAAACCCACCCUUUUCUCAAUUUGGCACCCCUAAAAGUGGAGGAAUUAAAUCACAAUCCUUUACUGGUUCUCUACCAUGAUGUUAUCUACCAAAGCGAAAUUGAUGUAAUUAGAAAUUUAACCGAGAAUGAAAUUUCCAGAGCCACAGUCAUUGGCGCAAAAGGAAGUGAGGUGUCGAAAGUGCGUACUAGUCAGUUUACCUUUAUACCUAAGACUCGUCACAAGGUUCUGCAAACCAUAGAUCAGAGGGUAGCGGAUAUGUCCAAUUUGAAUAUGGACUAUGCAGAACUACAUCAGUUUGCCAACUACGGCAUAGGUGGACACUAUGCACAGCACAAUGAUUGGUUUGGUCAAGAUGCAUUUGAUAACGAGCUCGUAUCAUCACCCGAAAUGGGCAAUCGUAUUGCCACAGUUCUUUUCUAUCUCUCGGAUGUGGCUCAAGGCGGCGGCACUGCCUUUCCUCAUCUGAAACAAUUACUACAGCCAAAGAAAUAUGCGGCCGCCUUUUGGCAUAAUUUGCAUGCCUCGGGCGUGGGAGAUUUGCGCACCUUACACGGCGCCUGCCCCAUUAUUGCCGGCUCCAAGUGGGUUCAAAAUCGUUGGAUACGUGAAUUUAUCCAGGCGGAUCGUCGUCCCUGUGAAUUGUGGGAUGAUAGCCAAAUCGUUCUAAGGGAAAUCUUGGCUAAAAUGCAGUGACAGUGGUUUAAAUAAUUGAUUUGUAUAAUAAUAUUUAGAUUAGGCUUUUAAAAUAAAAGACUUGAUGAUAUUUCAGUA